UCUGUCUUUGUAUCAUCACCAUCUUCAUCUCCACCGUCCUAGACGAGCAGGCCUCGUCGACCAAUCCCUUCUCCAUCCUCUUUCGCCCCUUCGUGAGUUGCUCCGCCGGUGAUGGCGGGUCGGCCCUGGGGGGCGGGCACCUCUCAAUUCAGAUGAUGUGCCAAGCGCCCCACCUCUCAGCCACCACACCACGGUCUCACCGUCUCUCAUCAUGAGAUGACGCGCGCACACAUCGAUGCCGACACCUGCUCACACCAGACCUUCUCCAUAGCGCGUGCCAGACGGGCCCACACUCCUUCCUCGACGUCAGUCAAAAGCCGACUAUCACGCGCAAUCCCUCUCAGCCGCCAUGCUCUCGCUUCUCCCCCUCGUCCUCGCGCUGCCGGCAGCCGCGAGCCCUUUUGUCAUGUACCCGGAGCACGAUGCCGCCGAUGUCGCCGCCGUGCAGGGUUUCUCGCUGCCGCUCGCCCACUCGCCUUCCUCGACCAAGCGUGAACUGGCCAAGCGAGCCGGAGGGGUCCAGGAUCGCGAGUGGCUGCUCCGCGAGGCGGCGUUCGUGGAUAGCCGCUACAACGCCGGGCGCGGCCAUUAUGGUUCCCUCCUGUCCAAGCACAAGCGGCAAACUUCGGGGGGUGUCAACCUGCAGAACAACGGGAUCGACGCUUCUUAUUCUGGCCAAGUUUCGAUCGGCACACCGGCGCAGCCGUUCAACAUUAUCCUCGACACGGGCUCCUCUGAUCUCUGGGUCGAGGAUAACGAGUGCGCUGCCUGCCAGGGCACCAAGUUCGACCCGAGCAAGAGUUCCAGCUAUGCGGCUGUGGACGGCACUUUCUCUAUCUCGUACGGAAGUGGCGACGCGGCGGGGCGUCUUGCUCGUGACACCGUCGUCAUGGGCGGCCAGAGCGUCCAGAACCAGGUGUUCGCGAUGGUCGACAACAUGACGCCCAACCUCAUUUCCUCGUCAGUGUCGGGCAUUAUGGGCCUCGCCUUCCCAGCCCUCGCGUACAGCAAAGCAAACCCGUGGUGGAGCACCGCUUCGGCCGGGUGGUCUGAGAAGCUGUUUGCCUUCUACAUGAAGCGGUACCGUGGCGACGCCAGCGCCGAGAGGGUCGAGACGGACGGCGGCAUCGCAACCUUCGGAUACCUCGACCGCGCGCUGUACACUGGCGACGUGACUUACGUUUCGGUUGGGGACAACCCGCAGUAUUGGCAGAUCCCCAUGGCCGGCGUGUCGGUGCAGGGCACCAACAUUAACCUCGGCAGCUCGACCCAGGUUGCCGUUGACACCGGUACGACGCUCAUUGGCGGCCCAGCGGCAGUUGUCGCUGCGAUCUACGCAGCCAUCCCUGGCUCGCGUGCCAUGACCGGUGACUACAAGAACUACUACGAGUACCCCUGCAGCACGAGCAUUGACCUCCGUCUCACGUUCGGUGGAUACACCAUCAACAUUGGCGACGCGGACUUCAACUUGGGCAACUACGGCUCUGACACAGCGUACUGCACCGGCGGCGUGUUUGUGCAGUCGCUCAGCGCGCGCUCGCCCGUCCAGUGGAUUGUAGGCGCGACCGCGCUGAAGAACACGUACACCGUGUUCCGGUACGACCCGCCCGCUGUCGGCUUCGCCGCGCUCCCCGGGUCUGGCGCCGUUAUGGUCCAGAGCGAAGCCAACUCCACCACCUCGGCCGGCGCAAGCGGUGCGGUCGGCGCUCCAGCGCCUACUUCCGCCUCCGUCAGCGGCAGCGCUUCGGCUGCCGCCUCUUCCUCCCCUGUCGCGUCCAGCGCCGGUCAGGCAUCCGCCGCCGCCCCCUCUGCUUCCGGCGCAGCCACGGUCAACGCCAACACCGACCCCAGCGCGAGCGCGGCGGCAGCCGCCACAACCAACAGCGCCUCUGGGCGCAUUGUACCUUCCAUCGCGAGCCUUACCAUCGCGGUAUGCCUUGUCGCUGUCGCCCUUUAGAUUAGCACCUCCAUCUCAGCCCCUUGGCUGGCCCUAGAUAUUAGUGACCCUUCACCCUCGCAUCUUGUCACUUCUAGAUACUGUAUGCAUAUCCCUUAGCUCCUGA